GUGCACGCGCGCGUGGAACCGGGAUACCGGGCGCGAAUGCCCCAUUGCCUUCCACACCCUGCGUGCUUCGCGGCUCCUGCCUCGGUCCCUCGCGCACCCGGGGGUGGCGUCCUGAGAGAAAGCCGCGGGACACAGGUGUGCCAGGCGUGCGGGACCGCCGGAGACAAAGGGGGCGCGGAGGGGAGCCCGCCAUGGCCUCCCGGAGCCUGGGGGGCCUGAGCGGGAGCCGCGGAGGCGGCGGUGGCAAGAAGAGCCUCAGCGCCCGCAAUGCCGCGGUGGAGAGGAGGAACCUGAUCACCGUGUGCAGAUUUUCUGUGAAGACUCUGAUUGAUCGGUCUUGCUUUGAAACAAUUGAUGAUUCUUCUCCUGAGUUUAAUAAUUUUGCAGCUGUUCUCGAACAAAUUCUAAGUCACCGACUAAAAGGUCAAGUAACCUGGUUUGGUUAUGAAAGUCCUCGUAGCUUCUGGGACUAUAUCAGAGUGGCUUGCCGGAAAGUUUCUCAAAACUGUAUCUGCAGCAUUGAAAAUAUGGAAAAUGUCAGUUCCUCCAGAGCUAAGGGUAGAGCCUGGAUCAGAGUAGCACUCAUGGAAAAGCAUUUGUCUGAAUACAUCUCUACAGCUUUGAGAGACUUCAAAACAACCAGGAGGUUUUAUGAAGAUGGAGCCAUUGUCUUAGGUGAAGAAGCAAAUAUGCUUGCUGGCAUGCUGCUUGGGCUCAAUGCCAUCGACUUCAGCUUCUGCCUAAAAGGAGAAGGACUGGAUGGCACCUUCCCUGCUGUAAUAGACUAUACACCGUAUUUGAAGUUUGAGCAAAGUUCUGAUAGUAUUAGCAGUGAUGAGGAGGAACUCAGGACUUUCGGAAGCAGUGACAGUGAAAGCAGCACUCCAGAGAAUGUGGGCCCACCCCUCAUCAUGGAUGAGAACAGCUGGUUCAACAAGUGUAAGAGAGUUAGACAAAAAUACCAACUUACCCUGGAGCAGAAGGGUUAUCUUGAAGAACUCUUACGGCUUCGUGAGAACCAGCUUUCUGAAUCUGUCUCUCAGAAUAAAGUGCUGCUUCAGAGGAUUGAAGAUUCUGAUCUGGCCCACAAGCUGGAGAAGGAACAGUUAGAAUACAUCAUCGUGGAGCUUCAAGAUCAGCUGACUGUGCUAAAGAAUAAUGAUUUAAGAUCAAGACAAGAGUUAACUGCCCACCUCACCAACCAGUGGCCUUCCCCAGGAGCUCUGGAUGUCAAUGCUGUUGCCUUGGAUACGUUGCUUUACCGAAAACACAAUAAACAGUGGUAUGAUAAGAGUUACCAAAGCCUUGACCAGCUAUCAGCAGAAGUUAGCCUUUCCCAGGCCUCGCUGGAUCCCAGCCACUCACAAGACGGAGAUGGGAAACAGGACUCACUGAAUUUCGUUGGUGAAGGUAAAGAAGAUACCCCCUCACUGCUUGGUCUCUGUGGGUCACUAACAUCCGUGGCGAGCUACAAGUCCCUAACGAGUCUAAAAUCCAAUGACUGCCUUGCGAGCCCCGCAGCCGAGAUGGCGAGCCCAGGCCUGACUCCAUCCUGAAAGACUACACAAAAGCCCAAAGUUUCUGAUUGUAAAUAAUUCGGUUUCCAUAAGUUUGGCUGCUUGGGGAGAUCUUUGAGAUUUUAUAUUAUUCUGGUACAUGUGUGGCAUUCUGAUGUUUGGGGAUUUCAGCCCAGCCUGUGUAAAGUCUGAGGGAAAAGCAUGGUAGACCUGCUGUUUUUCUUUUUAAAACCUUACAUGUGUCAUUGAAGAUGUUUAAAAUUGAAUAGGCUUUAAAGAAUCAAAGAUUGUUUGAAUCGAUUGUAAACUGUACAAAGUUAUUACUCAACUGAUUUUUAUAAAUUUGUUUAAAUGCUUCUUAGUGUGCAGAAGUUGAGCUCGGGUUUUAUUCGAGACUUAAAAAGAGUGUUUUCUUUCACUCCUUUAUUUGGUGGUUAAAUUCGCACAGAAGAAAACUGACAAUUUCAUUAAGUAUUUCCUAAGUUCCAGUGUCCCCGUGAUACGUCUGUACCGGAGGAAUCGCUCAGCCACAGCGGCACAGUGGCUCUGUUGGUGUUUCUGUUAUCAUUUAUCAUGUGCUAACAACUUUUAGCAUUUCAUAAAUUUUGUAGAUAUGUACCUUUUUAGGCAUUUGCUGACUUAGGAAAAGCAUUUUAUAUCUAAGAAAACAAAUCCAUUUCUUAGACUUACUCUCUCAGGAUUUUCUUUUGAAAUUACCGAUUUUUAAAUGUGAUCAGGUGUGCCUGAGAAGUUGGAAACACUCCAAAAUAGAGAACAAAUGCUGGAAAGGUGUUACUCACAUCACAACUUUCGAGUUUAAGGAUUAGAGAGUCUUUUAAAUAAAGAGCUCACGCGUGCCCAGCAUACCUGACUGUGAUUGUAUGUCAGAGCUACACGGCUGUCUGCCCCGUGUGCAACAGUGAAUUGUAUUGUGGAUGUUUCGCACCAUUUACCAUUAUACCACGACCUCAUUCUUAAACUGGUCUUAGUGUUUAAAAAGUCUGUACAUCUGUGGGAAAGUUUUUUUUUUACAGCCGUGUUUCCAAAUCUGCAGUUUUUGAAACAGCUACACGUGUCCCUAAAAGUUUCAGCAUACUGAAAAUGAAUGAAGUAUAUUUUCUAUAGUGCGUGAGAUGAAGAAAACAGUGUGCCAAAGAAGUUUUCUAUGUUGUUUACAAGAAGUCACAAUCCUUACUGGGGACUUCACGUGGUGUUUCUGUUUGUUGAUUUUUACAUUUAAACCUAGCAGCUGUGAUGUAUAGGGAGCGGUUCCUCCUAGAAAGCUGUCUGAGGAGAGCUGAACUCACACUGCCGUUCCUUGUGUCCAAAGCGUAGGCAGUCCUCGGAAAUGCUCGGUGCUUGGUCUCCUGUUGUAAAGUAAUUAAUAGUGUGUGACCAGUCCUGCAGCAGGGCAGUACAGACAGGCAUUUCCGGGGCAAAGGAGGCCUGGAAGCUCAUAACAGACUUCAUAUCGGAUGUAUCAGAAUACACCAAGACUUUUCUUCCUAAAGCUGAAGGCUUUACUACUUGUACAAAUGCAUACAUUCUUUAAAAAUGUACACUGCAUUAAGACAGGCAGGCCGUAGUGGUGCACUUGGGAGGCAGAGGCAGGCAGCUCUCUAAAAGUUCAAGGCCAGCCGGCCUACAGAGCUAGCUUCCAGGACAACCCGGGCUGUUACACAGAGAAACCCUGUCAAAAAAAAAAAGUAGUGUCCAAAGAUGCUUUUAAUUAUUGUGAGGAAGAACAAAAGAAGACCACGGGGCCUGAGGGAGGGUACAUGAGGAAACAGACGGUCAGGAAAACUUUGGGGAUCUUAGGCUGGCCAUGGACACACCUCUACCUUCCUAAGAACUAUCUGAAUGUUUAAUGCUUUAUCAUCAUGACUGCUCUCACCUGACAUUUAUGAUUCUUUCAUAUAUUAAAACCUUGUUAAGAUCUUUUCAUACAUUUUUUACAAAGUAGAAGGGAAUAUAAGAUUCCCUAACUGGUACACUUUCUCAGAUUUGUCUGACAGAAACACUAGCUUGUGCAGGUAGCCCAGGUCACCCUGCUGCACACUGCAGGCUGACACCUGACACCUGAGGAUGCCUCCAUGCCCGGAGCCCUUGUCUCAGAUCCGUCCGCUGCUAUGGCAUCCAGGUUUCUGCAGUUCACGUCAAGCUAGGGCAGCUUAUAAAUGUUUGCAUGAAUAAGCAGCGUGUGUCUCAUUCCUUCAUUUUCAGAACCCCGCAAAGAGUGCCGGGUUAUGUCUACCCUUCCGUGUGUGUUUUCAGUGGUAGUCUUCAUUUCCAGAACCCUGCGGAGAAUGCUGGGUUAUGUCUAUCUUUCCAUGUCUAUUUCGUUGCCUUGAUGUACUAUAUUUGCUGCAUGUAUAUUAAAGGUUUUUAAUAAUACA